AUGUGUCUUCUAAAUGGGAAAUGGAUGCAUAUUCGAUGUGUUGUCCACAUUUUAAAUUUAGCGGUGCAAGAUGGCAUAAAAAAAGUUGAUAAGGUGGUUGAGAUAGUUCGAUGGGCGGUUAAAUGGAUUAGGCAAUCGCCUUCAAGAAUUCAUAAGUUUACCGAGUUUGCUAAGGUUGCUAAUCCCGGUAUAACAAAACACUUGAAGAGAGAUGUGCCAACAAGAUGGAACUCUACUUACCAUAUGUUGGAAAUUUCACAAGCUUACAAAAAAACUUUUGAGAGAUAUAAUCUUGAGGAAUUUGAUUUUCGGUACGAAAUUGAAAAUGAGGGUUUGUCGAUACCUUCAUCAAGUGAUUGGGAAAGGGUUAGGAAUGUAUGUCAUUUUUUAAAACAUUUUCAUGAUGUUACUUUGAGGAUUUCUGGGACACUUUAUGUGACAUCAAACACGUGCAUUGAAGAUAUAUAUUUCAUUCGUACGCUCUUGGAUGAUGCUAUUUCUGAUUCCAGUCGUUGUGAUAUUGCAUUGGCCAUGAAAGUAAAGUUUGAUAAGUAUUUUGGCGACGUAGAAAAAAUGAAUUUAUUGCUCUACUUUUCUUUGAUUCUUGAUCCAAGGAAGAAAGUAAAGUAUUUGGUUAUACUACUUGAGGGUCAUUAUGGAGAAAAGGGGGUGGAGCCGAAAAAGAAAUAUAUCAUGGAUUCUAUGUAUGAAUUAUAUAAUGAUUAUAUUAGAAUUCAUUCUCCAAGUUCUACUUCAAGUACUGCCGAGUCUACCACUUCAUCAUCGAUAUUAGGAAAACGCCAAAACCCGGAUUUUAUGACACCUAACCCCCCAUUAAGAAAUAAACUAAGAGAAAAGAUGAAGACGAACAUAGUUGAAUCAAUUGGGGAGUUAGAAAAUCCAAGAUUUCCAAUUCUAUCAUUGAUGGCAAGAGAUAUGUUCAUCAUUCCUGUCUCAACAGUGGUUUCGGAAUCCGUUUUUAGCACUAGUGGAAGGGUUUUGGAUCCGCUUAGGAGUUCUUUGACUCCUAAGAUUGUUGAAAGUUUAAUUUGUACACAAUAUUGGAUUCAGGAUAGCAUAAGUGAUAUAAUCGAUUAUGAAAAAGAUUGGGAAGAAAAUCAACAAAUUGACAAAGAUUUGAGCAAGAUGAUGUACUGAAGGUGCAAGAAGAACGAGUAUAUUUUUUAAUGACUUUUGGAACUUAACAUGUUAUUAUUUUCAUAAUAUGUAAUGGUUUUUUAUGUUUUCUAGAUUUAAGACGUGAG